GAAAGGGGGCUCAGGAGGGUAAGAGGAAUGCGUAGGGUCAUAUUGGUCCCGCGAACUAUCGGGGGCGUAGCGAGGUCAGGGGAGCCGCACGCCUGGCCCCUCGCUUCCCCGGCGACCACUCACGGCGGCAUUCUAAUAUGGCUUCCUCGAUUUUUCCGCUAUAGAUCGACGCUCUUGGGUAAGCUUCUGAAAUUCCUUUACAUCUGGUCGGUAGCAAGGAGGAAGAGAGAGAGGGAUACCGGGAGGGGAGGGAGUCUGCGCUGAAGAGGUGCGGGAAGCGGCCUAGCCGGCCUAGUCCUCUACGCAACGGGGCACGACGACGCUCAUCUCAAAGGAUUCACUCCGCUUCACGCGCUUCGCUCUCAUUAACUUGUGUGACACGCCGGAGCGGGACGCGGCUCACACCCACACACGGACGGGGAGGAGCGCCACAGACCACAGGACGUCUGAGGGAUGGCGGUGGCGAGAGAAUGGUGACUGUGGUGGUUAGCGGUGCACUGCGGAACUCAGCGAAAAGUGAGGGGCAGAGAGAGGCACACAAGGACGGACCAGCGGCGAGGACAGCAGCGGUAGAGCACGGCGGGCGGGCGGACAGAUGGGUGAGGUCCGCAAGAACAAGGUUGGCCCACGGUCGUCUCAUGGACAGGAUAGUGGCGGCGUGCGGCGGGGACCAACGUCACCCAUCCGCCCGCCGCCCACCCUCCGGCGCUCCUCGCUCAUCAGCUUUGAGGGCGACGAUGAAAACAGUCGAGUGGAGGUGAAGACGGGCUGUUGCGGGCUGGACCCCACAACAGGGCGCGGAAAGCAGAUCCACCUGUUGCAGAUCUUGCUUCUGCCAUUCAUCCCCAUCCUGGCGCUCAUCAUCCAGAACUCCAUCAACAUGGUGACCGUGCUCGAGUACCAGUACGACAUGCAGGAGACCAUCGACCAGGUCCAGAUCAGCACGGGUCUGGGAAACGUGACGGAGGCCCUGCAAUCCGAGAGGGCCGAGAUCGCCUUUUACCUCUUCACGAACGACUCGGUCAUCCGCGGGAACCUCACGGAACACUUCAAGUACACAAACAUGCUCCUGGAUGAACUCAUUUGGCCGGUGUUUCGUCAGGAGCAUGAACUCUUCAACAACAAGAUUCUGUUCCGCAUCCGCCUGGAUGACUUCCGUGACAAGAUCACCAAGUUUGACACCCCGUCGGUGGAGGCCGGCAUCGCUUUCUACAACAAAGCCAACUACAUCUUUCUCGAUCAGCUGACGAGCGAGAUCAACGAGAAGGACGCGGCGGGAGUGUGGCGGCCGCUGCUCGCCUACAAGAACAUCAUCCGGGCCAUCGAGCACCUGGGCAUCUCCAUGGUGUUCGGGCUUCAGUACUUUGGCCGCGGAGCUCUCAACCAGAAGAGCUACAUCGCCUUUGUCACCAACGACGCCCUCGGCUACGACUUCCUCAACACGAGCCAAAACUUCGAAUUCUGGAUCACCGACAGGUACAAGAACCUACAGAAGAGCUACCCUUGGUACUCCAACAUCACGCGGCGUCGUCUGGAGGUCUUGGGGCGCACAAAGAUCGAACCGGACUUCGACAAGGCCACCGAAUACUUUUACGCCAUGCUGGGCUACCUGGACGCCCUGCAGAAGAUCCAGUACGAGAUAAGACACGUGAUCGAACGCACACUGGUCUCGGAGAUGAAUGCGUCGAACAGCCACGUGGUGAUCGGCAUAGCGCUGCUCUGCGUCGUGCUCCUCAUUUCACCCGUCAUCAUCCUGCUCGUGCGGAUGAUGACACGCACGCUGCAGGCCUUCUCAGACACGCUAAUCCAUAAAACACACGAACUGGCCUACGAGCAGAAAAGGUCCGACACGCUGCUCUAUCAGAUGCUGCCGCCCUCCGUCGCCCAGCAACUCAAGCAGCACAGAGACGUGUCAGCCGAAACAUACGAGUCCGUCACGAUCUACUUCUCCGACAUCGUGGGCUUCACCGAACUGUCUUCCGAGAGCACACCCAUGCAGGUGAUUUCUCUCUUGAACGCCCUCUACAAGAUGUUUGACUCCCGCAUUGAACUCUACGACGUGUACAAGAUCGAGACCAUCGGAGAGGUGUACAUGGUGGCCAGCGGCGUCCCCCAAAGGAUAGGAAAAGACCACGCCGCUGAGAUCGCCUCCAUGGCCCUCGACCUCCUGCACGGCACCGAGAAGUUUCUUAUUCCGCACAUGCCCGGCGAGCGUCUGCAGAUCCGCAUGGGCGUCCACUCGGGUCCCGUGGUGGCCGGCGUCGUGGGGACCAAGAUGCCUCGCUACUGUCUUUUCGGGGACUCCGUCAAUACCGCCUCAAGAAUGGAGUCCACAGGCUUACCUUUCAAGAUCCACAUCUCAUCGGACACGAAGAACGCGCUGGACCGAGUUGGCGGCUUCAUCGUCAACCUGCGUGGCGAGAUGGAAAUAAAGGGCAAGGGAUUCAUGCAAACCUACUGGCUGAUUGGGAAGCACGGGGUGGUGGGUGACAGACAACCCCUGGAGGAGAAACAAGAGGAGAUGGACGUGAUGGCGGAAAACCCUCACAGCGAGAAGGUCCGGCAGGCCCAACGAAAUGUAUUCACACAAAGCGGCAUGCUGGAGAUCUUCACCAAGCUUAGGUCCCUCUGCUAGGGCCCUUCACUAGGAGUAUCUCCUCUUUCACUUUAGAUUUAGUCACUUUCAGUGGGAGGUUUUACGUGAAGUGUCAUUGAGGUAAGUUAGAGAAGGAAAGCAAAGAUAGCACAAAACCUCACAGCUUUGAUGUGUGUGUGUUGAGAACUAAAAAUGCAAGUUAAAUGCGUAUGGUCAUUGUAGUAAGCCUUUUCUCUUCAUAACUUUGUAGUGCAAUUGUAUAUCAAGCCUAAAAUUAUCUGAAACAAUAUUUUUUUUUAUUAUCUAUGAUGCUUUUAGAGAAAGUAAUAUUUUCUUUGAAUAUUAGUGAACUAGAACAUGAGGUGUGUCUUGUUGUGAAAUGCAAAAUCCAAACUACUGUGUUGAAAUAAAGAAUUAAGUCAUACUAAAUAAAUCUAAAGUUACUUUGAGAAGGUGCCAUCUCUUAAAAUACUCAGUGCUGAAUGUCACAUUCAUUGCUGACAUAUUUACUGGUUAACCUCACCAAUUAAAAGGUCCAAAGCUUCGUCACUCAGUUCUGUUAACUAUUUCUUGCCCUCUCAGGACUAGAAAUAAAUUAUUCAAAUUAAUAUUCCAAAUAGCAGUUUUGAAAUAAAAAUCACCCAUAAUAGUAGUAAAUUAGCUAUGUUUGCAGUUGCCAAUGUGUAUAUGGAAUUGCAACAAUGAUUUGGUUAAAUCCAGGACUGACAUGUAUCAUAGGUAGGGGAGGGCCAUUGACAGACACCAACAACUCAACUGUCCUUUCACCUCCUGGGCAGCUUAGGAGUGCUAUCUAAUACCUAGAUGAGGCCCUUGUAGUGGCCUGUACACUUUACAAGUCUUAUGAAAAUAAAUUACUUUCUGAAGCAAAUCACAAAUUAAGCUAUAGAGGUAAAAAGUUAUUAAAUAAUGCCUUAGCUAAGCACCUUAUGAUGUCAUCUGGGUAGUUAUGAAAUAGCUACUUCUUUCACUAAAAAACUGCAAAGUGCCUAACACAAAUUUAUGACUAUAAACUUAGCAUUUUAUUAUUGAGCCAUCCAACCUUUAAAUAGAUAGUUACAUGUUAAACUGGUAAAGCUUGAAGCAUUUACUUACAAUUAUGAUAUAUCACCAGCACCAAGUCUAACCAAUUUGUUGUAUACUAAGUAGAGCAAGUAAGUGACAGGAAACCAUGACCAACAGCUAAUCACUUUAAUACCCAGAGGGUGGCAUAGCUGGUUACAGCAUGUUUAGCUGAUGCCUGGGACUUAUUCAUCCAUGAAUCAAAGGUGCUAGAUGGCUGCUGAGACAGCAAAAAAGCACUUGCAUCACAUGCUUCAGUGCAAAUGAUUGUCACACUUCACAAUCUUAAAAUGUUGACUCAACUUUUCAUAAAACUAGAGUGUAAUGAUUUAGUUUUAUUGGAAAACAUUUACAAAAAACUAUUAGCAUUUACUCAAGCUGGAAUCUGGUUACAUACCAUCAAGGUCUGAUUUGUUGCACUAUAAAACUCUAUUUCCUUCAGUAACCAAUGAACAUUGGUGCUUAUGCUCAAGAUCCCUAACUUUAAACAGAUCUAUAUUUUACAUUAAAAAUAUAUUGCAAAUUGUGGUUUAUCUUUAGGCUGAUUAACUUGUUUCAUUAUGGAGCAAAUCCAACUAUGUACACUAUAUACAACCUUAAUUAUUGUAACAUGCUACAUACAGUAGUACAGUCUCCCUCAACGAUGCUCACAACGCAAUGCAAAAAUGGGACCUCCUGCAUGUAAACAAUUCCAUAUACAUAAUAUUAACAGGUACUGGCAGAGGUCCAUCUUAUACAUUGAUAUUAUUGUUAAUGCACACAGGUAUGUGGGCAGGAAUAUAUGCACAGAUGCAAAUAUGCAUGUAUGUACUCUUACAUACACACACACACACACACACACACACACACACACACACAAAA